GGAAACUACGCCGAUGCGCACAAGGCGUACGGCCGGGCUCUGGAGCUCGACCCCGGCAGCGCGGAGGCCUAUGUCGCUCGCGGGGCCGCGCACGCCAACCAGCGCGCCUUUGCGGAUGCAGAGCGGGACCUGCGGCGGGCGCUGGAGCUGGACCCCGGCCACCGCAACGCAGCCACCUACCUC